UUUUUUUUCUAAACAAAGUGUCACUUUCCCAUGUGCUUCAUGUCUUCACGUGAACAGUCUCGCUGCUCUCGAUUUGUUUGCAGAUGCGGACAAGGCAGAAAGUUGUGAGCAACUUUUCAACAGUGACUAAGGGAGCGUCAUCAGCGGCCAAACCCAGAGCUGCGCUCAAACAAGUUUUUCUCAACCAGGGAGUGUCAGACAGGAACCUCACGGCCGAGGAAAGAAGUCAGCUGGAUGUGUUGAAGCAGGAGCUGGAGACCUUCGCCGUGCCCAUCAGCCUGAAGUGGAGAUGGAGGGAGGAAAGCCACGGAAGUAUGCUGGAGAGGAACUGGACAGAGAUCGUCAACUCGCACUCGAUCAUGACCCGAAUGCAGAGGCACCAGCAGGAAGCCAUGUGGGAGUUUGUGCUCACCGAACUCAACUACAUCAACAGACUGAUUGUCAUCAAAGACUUGGUUAUCGCAGCUCUGGUCAACUUGCACCUUCGCGGCUUCCUCCAGGAGGUGACCCCCGAGCGGCUUUUCUCCAACCUUCCCGCCAUCCUCAGCGCACAUCAGCUCUUCUGGCAGGAAGUGAUCUAUCCCAUGUUACAGGAAGUCCGCAUGACGGGCAAACCUUUUAACCCAAUGGGCUUAAACGCGGGAUGCCUCCAGUUCCGCGAACGCUUCUCGCCGUACUGCCAUUACUGUGCGGAGGAGGAAAACAGCUUCGAGUUUGCACGCCUGCAAAUGGAAAGCAACCCGCAAUUCCUCACAUACGUGCAGUGGGUGGAGACCCACCCGCAGUGCGCGCGGAUGCGCCUCGGCGACAUGCAGGCCAAACCCCACCAGAGGAUCACCAAGUACGCCCUCCUUCUCAAGGCGGUGCUCAAGACCACCCAGGAACCUCCUGUGCAGCGCAGCCUGCGCGGCAUGUUAUCCAGCGUCAACACCUUUCUGGAGAGCAUCAACGACUACCUGAGGCUGAAGGACGAGGAGGCGGCGCUCUCGCUCUCCGCUCAGAGGCUGGAGGGAUACGAAAUGGAGGGAAUCAGCGAGGAAAUUGACAAGCAUGUGCGGGAGAUCUGCCAGUUUGACCUGACCUGCCCCAUCGUCGGGGUCGGUCACGGCAUCGUCCGCAAGUUGCUCCUGGAAGAGAACCUGAAGGUCCGUGGCAGGAAAGACAGCAAGCUGGAGGUGGUGGCUCUUCUGUUCACUGAUGUGCUUCUCGUGACCAAAGUGCAAAAGAAAACCGAGAGACUGAAGGUGGUUCGGCCCCCUCUGGCCUUGGACAGAACGUACUGCAUUGCGCUCAAGGAUAACUGUUCCUUUCUUCUGGUGGAGGUCGGAGAACUUUGGUGUCCCGUCAAUGUCUACAUCUUCACAGCCGGUACCUCGGAAAGUUGCUCCAGUUGGGUGUCCGCCAUUCAUCAGGCAAAGGUGAUACUGAGGACCAUGAGGAGGGAGGGCGAUAGUAGGCAGUCGUCGGUAAAAAAAACAACAUCCGCCGCGGUUGACGAGACGUACGCGCUGAUCUCGGAAGAGGAAGGCUUUUCGGACCUCGGCCCCCGUAAACGGGAAGUCUCUCAGUUGGUAAACGGCGCCCAUGCGUCGAAACACGCGUCGGAAAAUCCCCACAAGCACUUUGAAGUCUUGCCUCAGAAAUUUGUCCUCAAAGACUUUGGUUGCAGAGGAGGAACGGAAAGUAUGAUCCAUCGAGAGUCUUCAACGAAUGCUCGGAAACCCGGCGCCCAAUCUGUUCCUGAUCUGAACGAAGCCCACAUGCGCGGAGACGUCAUCAUCCCGUUGCGACGCGUCACCAGCAGACCGAAUACUCUGGUACCAGGCGGAUAUCCGGAUGUUGACUACCCGACGGAUGAGUCGACCACUUCGUCGGCUCCCGACCAAAGACGACCAUCUGGGAAGGGGACCGCGUUCCUUGCAAAUACCAGGAUAGUCAACUCGCAAUCCGUCAAUUAUUCCAGGGAGAAAAACCACAAUCCCGCAAUCUUUGACGGCUCGGCGGAGUCCAAAGCCUUGGCAAAAUCUUUCAAGUCUCCGGUUUUACAAAAGAGGAGGACGCACAAUGGCCACCAAGGCCUCCCCGCGCGCUCGGCGUCCAACAACUCGUCCUCCAACUCGGACUCUGACUGCGGCGUGAAUCCAAAGAGCUCCAAAUCUCACUUUGUGCUGAAGCUGGGCGCCCUGAAACCCACCAGGGGCAGUUUUUGGACCAGCGUUCCGAUCGCGUCGCCGGACGCCGAGAUCUUUUCCGAAUCGGAACUGACGACCCGUGGCCUUCAGAAUAAAAAGUCCAGACUGAAAACUCAGAGGAGCGCGUCCAUUUCCAACAUGUCAAGUCAAGAGGAGCAGCGAGUCCACUUUGCGGACGGCCCCGCCGGCAUGUCGGCUUCCGCGGCGUCUCUCGAGGAUCUUCUCCGGCGGGCCAAAGGUCGAACGAGAGACGGGGAAACGGUAAAGAGCCGGAAGCUUCCUGGGUCUCCUUUGACGUCCUCGUCGCCAUCGCGCUCCGCGAGUGACGUCGACAGAGAUGGCGAAUGGGAGGAGGAGGUGCGGCUGCAGAGGCCUCGAGUCCUCACGGUGAGUCGAAGAUGGAAGGAGCAGCUGGUGGACGGCGACGGCAACGACAGGCUGGACAGUCCAAUCCCUUCGAACGGCAUCAAUGUGGACUGGCCCGGCUGGUGCUUCGACGACGACAACGAUGACGAGCUGCAGGAGGAUUCGGCGCAUCGAAGGACCCCAGGAGUCCUGGAGGACAUCAAUCAGUCUUUGAUCUUGUGGCAUCUUUCCGAGCAGGAAGACAAUUUCUGCAGCCAGGUGUGAAACUUGACCGCUCCGUGACAAAUAGUCAUGACGACAUGUCUGACAUCGAGAGCGCCAUCUUUGCUUUUUUUUUUUUUUGGCCACCUUUGCAUUUUGGGGCAGAAUCACACAGUUGUCUGUCUUGGGUAUGAAUUCGUGUAACUUAUUUAUGGAGGUAAUAUAAAUCGCGCUUUUGCUGUUAUUUGUGUAAAUAUAUUUUUAAAACGGAUGUACUGCAGUAUUUUUGUACUAGUACUCAUUUCCAAAACAGUCUGAAUUUUUUUUUUGUUUGUUUUAUUGUGUAAUAAAAGAAGACGCGCACAGUCAA